AAUCAACAACAAUUCACUCACUUGGACAAACAACAUCCCCACCAACCCCCUUGGAUCGGUUGGCCCUUUGGCACAGCAGACUUUCUCCUUUUAUGUUGUAUAGACCCAGCUUUACCGAUGUAACGCCUCAACCGAGAUAUGCCUCCGACGCAGCUGUGCGCCGUUCCAUCCCCGAAGCGCAAACGCGACAACCUCCCGCCUGCACUGAGCACAUCCUCCCAAUCUGCCUUGGAGCCCGCUGCACCUAGCAGCCCGACUACAAAUGGCAUCGUUGACCAGCUUCGCGACUUGAGGAUUACAGCGCUUUCAGCACUCCCACGGACCCCGCUUACUCCAAUCGAUGACAUGGUGCGGAAGAAGCCCAAACUUGAAGCCAUGGAUGAUACCCAGAUAUUCCGGCCUGCGCCUGGCACUGUUGGCGAAAUAGAACUGGCAACAGCAGAGAUACAGGAUGUCGUCGCUGAGGGGCCUUGGACCGGUAGUGCGGCGGAGAUAUCAGAGACACCGCAGGCCCAUGCGGAGAGGCACCACCCCGUUGUGGAUUUCGAAGAUUCCAUAGCAAUCGCACGGCCAGUCGUUUUCGGAGCGAUAGAGGCAUCCGCAUUUGCUCAGAACAACGUAAAUCCAAAGAGCCAAAAAGCAAGGUCCAAGGCGAACCCCUCUCGACCCCGCUCUCGGAGGUCACCCUCACCCCCACCCAUCUCGCUCACGUGGCAGGACAGCGAAAUCACUGGCCACCUUGCCGACCCUUCGACGGAUCCGGACGAUGAUGGAACGGGCAUCAAUGGAAUCGGUUUCAAACCUACUCCUGCCAUCGCCUAUGCCAGGGCACAAAAACGAAGGCAGCAACUGUUGGAAUGGAGAGCUCGAGAGACGAGGGAAGCAAGAGCCAAGAGGAGCGAAAGACGACGUAGAGGAGUCGCAGGCGCUGGCUCCAGUUCGAGGGAAGGGACCGUCGAAAGGGAGAUCGCCAGCAAGGAGCAUGACGCGACUAGACGAGCUGUCCGAUUCGCCAUAUAACGUGACGUCGUGUAUUGGAUGUAUAGCGUAGCUGAGAGACGGGGGAUGAGAUGAGGACGGGUACCUCUCCAUGUACGAUUCCACGAUCUCAUGAUGUAAUGACGACAAAGUCUUGUUUGCGACGCUUGUGGAAAUUAGGGAUCGCCUUGUCUGUUCCGAGUUCCCCUGACAUCGACUCCGUACGGUAAUGCGGGAUCAAGGGCGUUUGUCCCAUGGAUCGGUUCGCCGGUACAAUCCGUAUAUUACAAUUCUCAUACAAGUUCCUGUACAUAGUCCGGCCCGACUUCUUCCCCAUGCCCUACCAAAACCUCACAUUCUUACUGAACCAGUGACUCCACGAUCUUCGCCGCUCCUCCUCUUUUCUCCGCUCUUCCUCUAAUCUUUCCUGCUCUUCUCUCGCCUUUCUCCGCGCCUCCUUUUUCGCUUCGAUCGAUGCACGUUUCCUCUCCAUGAGCUCUUUUGCUUGCCGGAUCCCCUCCUUCUCCUUGCU